CUGUGCGUUUAACUGGCAGGAAGCGUUAACUCACGUUGCCUGCCUGAGUUUAUCUUACUGAACCAAAGAUAUAACAUUAAACUGUGGUCUUCAGUUGCCAAAGAGUUUCUUCAUUCUUCUUUCACCAUUUCAAUGUCUGCGUGCCACCCUCCACGUUUACCGGACGGGCAGCGGCUGCAGAGCAAAUCUGUGGACUUGUUGAAAAGACUAUCAGGAUGAAGCUGAGCGCAACAAGAGAGAAGUCAACCAUCUGCAAAGAGCAGCUGAAUUAAUGUAACUCGCAGCAGACGCCCGGCCGGUCUCUGAGGAACUUUCUCAGUGUGACAUUAAGGAGGAACAGAUUCCCGUUAUGGAUGAAACAGAGGUCCAAGAUCAACCACAGGUCAAAGAGGAGCAGGUUGAUCAGUGUAUCAGUCCGGACAUGGAGGCUGAUACUUCCAAUGACGCUGAAGUCACACUUCCUAAAUCAGAACCAACUGCUAACUGUGAGCUGUUCCCGUCUUCACCCGCUGCACCUGUGAGUGUAAACGAAAGCAUAGACAACAUGAAUGAAAGUGAUGGUUCAUCGUCUCCUCAUCACGGCAGUAGUGUGGAAGUCUUUGUGGAACUGGAACAGCCUCCGAGGGAAGAAACGUCCUGUCGUUUUUGUGGUAAACGCUUUAAGAGGGACUCUAUUCUUAUAAGGCAUGUAGACAAGAGUCACAAAGGGCAAAAAGCCUUUAAAUGUCUGAAGUGCAAGAAGGAGUUUGAACUAAGGUCCCGGCUGAUUCUGCAUACAAGAAUUCACACGGGUGAAAAACCCUUUAGUUGUGAUUAUUGUGACAAAACCUUUUCUCAGAACUCAAGUCGUCUUGUUCACAUGAGGGUGCAUACUGGGGAAAAACCGUACUUUUGUGCUAAAUGUGGGAAGAGUUUUGCUGUGAGCAAACAUUUAAAAUAUUGCAAAAUGCAGAAUGAGAGCAAAAUCACACCAGAAAAAAAUAACAUAGAGAAGAAUCACAAAGAGGAGAAGCCCUUUAAAUGCUCUGAAUGCAACAAGGGGUUUAAUCACAAGGGCCACCUUGUUCAACAUGUGAGAGUUCACACCGGUGAAAAACCUUUCAGUUGUGAUUUCUGUGGAAAAACUUUCACUCAGAAAUCUAGUUGUAAUGUUCACAUGAGACAGCAUACCGGAGAGAAACCAUAUUUUUGUAAGAAAUGUGGCGAGAUGUUUGCCAGUAGCCAUCAUCGUAAAUCCUGCACAGGGACACAAAAGAAAAGCACAAAGUCCAUUCGCUGCUCAACAUGUGGCAAAACCUUUUACAGAGAUUCAGACCUGGAAGUGCACAUGGAGGUUCACGAGUCAUGGAAACGAUACAUCACUGAGAAACUGCAAGGACAGGAGUUAGAAGAAAAAACUUAAACAGGUCAUAUUAUGCUCAUUUCAGGUUCAAAAUCUUAUUUAGAGGUGGUACCAGAACAGGUUUACAUGGUGUAAUUUUCAAAAAACACCAUAUGUUUGUCAUCCUGCACACUGAACGCUUCGUUUUAGCUACAGAGGUAUCUUGUAUAAAAUCUUUGUCCCAACAACCAUUUUAUACAAGUUGCACAUUUCCUAGGUAAGGACUACUAACCAAUCAGACGCAGAGUAGGGCGGGCCGUGAGAAGCCGGUAAACAUGGCUUCGGUUCAGCUGUAAAUGUUGCUUUUACUGGCUUAGCAACAUAGACUGGAGCAAGAGUUUCAGAGUGGUGAGUUAUUAAUCUGUAAUACAUUUAUCUUUAAUACAUAGUUAUAACUUCACUGUCUCUACAUCACAGAAACAACUUUAUGUCCACUGACUGCCUGGAGCGUAGCUGAUGUUAAUGGAAGGGAGAGGAGAGCCGGCAGACAGAUGUCUUGUCACUGUGUGCAGCAGCUCAUUGUGUUUUUCCACCGGUGUUUUUGAGGGCGUCGCGCUAGUCGCUAGGCGAGUAUUAUAACUCGUAUUUUGCUGUGACGUCACAGAACAAAAGGAAAAGGCUGGACUACAAACAAGCUGUUUUCAGGCCAUUCAGAGCAGUGUUUUCUGUGGGAGAUGGGAACUCCCUUUGUGGUGGACUUUGGGCUUUUUCACUUACCUAUUACAUGCACAAUAAAGGAGAGCUAAUAAACCUAAUAUGACCUCUUAAAAGCUCUAUGAGAGAGCGUCAGAGUCUUUGUAACACAAAAUAUUGUUUAAAAAAAAUAGAUUAAACGCUCAUCCAGUAUAGGAAUGGCCUUUUUGAGCUACAGUGUCUCACAAAAGCAAUCUAUUUGUAAAUAUGUUGAAAUGUAGCUGAAUAAGAAACUUUAUUCAUCAGUUUCUGUGGCUCCAGUUGAAAUAAUACAAACGUAACGAACAAUUGUUGGAGGGAUCUCCCGCUAGAGGUCCUCUCCACAAGUCACUUCCAUGUUUUGCCUUUUAUCCUAAAGAGUUUUCCUUGUCUUUAGAAAGUUUGGGCUGCGUCAUGAAAUACUGCUGAUGUGGGCUUGUAAAGCUUAUUGAAACGUGUUGUACAAAUGACCACAUGUUCAACCAAUGUUUUAUUGCUUUAUUUUUACUUUGUAAUCAAUGUUUUAUUGUACUUUUACCCUGUAAAGCACCUACGUUGUUUUAAGUGUGCUAUAUUAAAAAAAGUUGUGAUUGAGAAGUUGAGAUUUACAAAGUGCAAGAAAUAAACCAAGCUGUAUUCCCCUUGUGUUA